AUGCUCGCGAAGCACGGGGAAACAUCGUCCACGAGCCUCCGCGUUUUUUCGCUGUUAUCAACGAUCUGGCUCGCGACGAUCGUGAUCGCGAAUGCUGGCGAACUGCCGAACGAUGCAAGUACGACGAUCGUUAACGAAACGAACAUCUCUCGAACGUUGGCUGUCGAUCGCGGCGAGGACAAAGCGGAAGCCAGGACGAAGGGAGAGACUCUUCUUGGUGUGGAACCGUCGACAAGAAUCGCCGAGUGGAGUAACAGAGGUCCGUUCGUACGAGGCAGGGACAGUUACUUGGAGGCAUUGAGACACUCUCGGACAAGCAGCGAUCCUCGCGAAGGAGUUGUGGAUGCGGUGGAUGGCGCAGGAAGUGGCACUUUUCAACGAAGAAAGGAGCAGUCCUUCGCAGCGAAAAGAUCCGAGCUGUCCCUCCAAACGAGCUCGGGCUCGUACUCGAUGGUACCAAGCGAUUCCUACUCAUUGCCCACACGACCGUACAGCGACUUUUCCGGACUGAGGAACUCUUAUGGACCACCUCAAACGCAGCCACCGCGUGGAACGUACGGGCCACCUUACAACGAUCACUCUCUUUAUGGAGGAGAGUACACGUCUGUCGGUGUGUAUUCGCCGCAGCCACAGCCAGCUUACGGAGUUCCGCAUGUCGCUUAUGGAGCACAACAUGGGAUAACCGAAUCGGUGCAUCUUGGUUUUCCGUCGUUCGACUUCUCCUGGCCCUUCGCGCUCAAACUUAACGCCUUCACCCUGGCCAAGAUUCUCUUGAAACUGGUCAUUUUCAAGAUGAUAGUUAAGUUCAUUGCUGUUAUCUGUCUGUUGCUUUUCAUCCCGAAAUUGGAGAUUAAAAAGACGAUCAAGAAGGUGAACAUGCAGAACAACGCGCAAGAUGACGACGACGACGACGAGGACGAAGGACGUAGUUUGCAAAAUGCUAAUUGGAAGGUAUGGGAUGGGCUGAACCUGCUGACCUUGGUGGUGAACGAAGCGUUGAGGCAACACGAAGUCACGAACGGAUCUCGUUCUAGCGAAUGUUCGACUCUCGAGUGCCAAGUUCGAAGAGCCUUUGAAAACGACCAGUCGUGGCCCGAUUACGAGCAAUUGCUGCAGAACUAUAUCAUGGAGGAGGCCCGACGACUCCGAACAAAGUCUUAG